AAUUUUAUCCCGCAUCAACAACAUCACAUCGGAGCUGCACCGCGCUGCGCUGCGCUACACUACUGCUGACAGCAGCAACACAUACCAUGUCCACCCCCAGCGAUGCCCCGCCCGACUCGCACAUCGAUCAUGCCGCCUCCCUCCGCUACUGGAACUCCGUCGCCGCCAACACAAAGACCAUGCUGGGCAUGCUAGGCUCGUACCCAUGGUACACGCGUAUCGAUCUCCGAGGCUCCAAGACCUUCCUUGGCAAGGUCCGUCGCAUGAUUCCCAAUUGCCCGACGGAGGGGAAGCUCCCGCUCGGUGUGGACUGCGGCGCGGGCGUGGGUCGCGUCACCGAGGGUCUCCUCAGCCAGGUCUGCGAGCGCGUCGAUGCCGUCGAGCCCAUUGAGAAGUUCACCGAGGUGAUUCGGAACUCGGAGCUGAAGCGCACGGGUGUUGUCGGGGAUAUCUAUACAAUGGGUCUGGAGAAUUGGUAUCCUGAGAAGAACAAGUACGAUUUGAUCUGGACGCAGUUCUGCGUGGGACAUCUUACGGAUGUGCAGUUGAGGGAGUACUUUGUUCGAUGUCGGGAGGCGUUGACGGAGACAGGGAUUAUGAUCGUGAAGGAGAAUCAGUCCACCGAUCCGAUUGGGUUGGAUAUGUUUGAUGAGGAGGAUAGUAGUGUGACGAGGACAGAUGAGAAGCUUCGGACGCUGUUUAAAGAGGCUGGGUUGGUGCUUCUUGCGUCGGAGUUGCAGUUGGGGUUCCCGAAGAAUUUUAAGCUCUUGCCUGUGAGGUUUUAUGCGUUGAGACCGUCGACUUGAGGGGUCCCGGGAGAAUAUUCAGUGUUGAGAAUAUAGCGGUGCUGAGUAUCGUCUGCCGCUGAGACUCUUGAGUGGAAGCGGACUGUGAUGUCUUUGAUGCUGAGGUUCGCGCCCUACUAUCAGUGCGGACGCUGGUAUUGCGCAGCCCCGCUUGAAGGAACGCCCAGUUGUGCGC